GCCAAAGGACGCAUGAGGUACCAAUUAUUAUGCCUUUGGAUUACGAAUUAAAUUGAUCGUGUAUUUUUAAAAAUAGAUACAAUAUUAAAUAGUAUGUAGCUUGUUAUAUAAUACAUAGCGUAUAUUUUUGUAUCUAUAGUUGUUUAAUUUGCCAAUUUCUGAUGCGUGUGAAGUCACAUCGUCACUAGCAGAACCGUAGUAAUGUCACGUGUAUGAGCACGGAUAUGGGUAAAAGGUCAAGACAACCUGAUAAACACCGGAUUCACUGUUAUGAUUCACUACUAUGUGUGUAAUGUUGUCAAGGGGAGAGAAACGGACCAAAUACAUGAGCAUCAGGAUUAUAAUGCAGAAGGCUGAGUUUGAGUGUUCCACCGAGUCCUCCUCUGCCAAAGCCCUGAAGCUACGUGAGCUUAGCCAGCACAGAGAGACCCAGCUGGCUCUUACAGCUCUCACGCUGGUGCGUCGCGCUGCGCUGACAACCGUCCUGCAGCAGGAGGAAGAACAGUACAGCAGAGAGCUCCGCCAAAAAGGCAUGGCUGUCUACCAGCAGAGAGUUUAAACACACACACACACACACACACACACACACACACACAUGUAGAUUUGAAAAAACGCUAUCACUUUUCAAUUAAAGAUUGGUCACCAGUUGGUGCAUUACCUAGAAGUGUGCUCAGGUUGACCAGGGGAAUAUGUGUCCGCAUCAAUGGACAGGAAAUGCAAUCUUCAAUCAUGCAAAUUCUGGCUGUGAGCAUUAAUUCUGUCUGUAUUUCAUUUAAACUUGGAUGUUGACCCACAUGCAAAAUAAGCACUGCUUUCAUGUGAAGAAUAUCCCUAAAAGAACUUCCGUGAAGCAUUUUCCCAAAUGAACUUCCUCAAUUUCAGCUCCAAUAAGCUGAUGGCUAAUGCAGUGUAACUUUCUAAACACUAACUAGCCUGAUUAACAUGAUAUUCACAUAAACAUGAAGUUCAUGCAUGUUUUUCUAGGGGCGCACGUCCCAUGACUGACAUCAUGAGCAGCCAGGGGCAGUGCACAGUGGCGUAACGUAGUUAAGACGGGCCCAGGUGCAGGCUAUUAUGACGGGUCCUAGUCAGUGGCGUAAGGCAGUGGUACCCAAACAUUUUACAGUCCCGUACCCCAUGUUGGUAACCACCGCCACGCCCCCUCCCCCUGCGCAGAUAUUCAGCCUACAACACUUUAAACUGUGACAUUGUCAGGGUAUGUCACUAACCGCCACCGCCACACCCCUCCCCCUGCGCAGAUAUUCAGCCUACAACACUUUAAACUGUGACAUUGUCAGGGUAUGUCACUAACCGCCGCCGCCACGCCCCCUCCCCCUGCGCAAAUAUUUCUUGGGCAAAAACCCCAGGCUACGAGCCCCAAGACCCACGGGCCCAGGUGCAGUCGCACCUACUGCACCCCCUAUAGUUACCAGUGCUUCUUUAAGCCGUAGCCUAGCACUAGUCUGCGUCACUUGAACUGUCAGAGGCAGAGACUGCCCAGUGAAUAACAGAACCAUGGCCUACGUUUUUUUUUUAUAUAUACCUACAAUGGCCCUAUCUUCAGCAUAUAAGUAAAAAACAAUUGUGAGUGAAACCUCCGGGUUUCCACCUCAGAAACAGGAUUCUGCAGGACAGACGCGCAGUACCUGUUGACAUUAAGAAGAUAAGUCAAACAUGUAGGGUGUGUCUUCCGUGAAGUCCAUAAUUCCUUACGGACAGGCCAAACCUGUGAGACUGCUGUUCUCACCUCCAGUCAUAGCACAAAUCACACUCAGACUGUGUUCCAUGUGCAUUCCUUUACAGAGCUUUCACCCUGUGACAUUCAGACUCCAAGCCAGAGGAUUGGCCAGGGACCAGGGAACAUUCAAGUAAAUCCUCUUGAAAGUUGGUGGGGAAAAUAAGUGAACAAAACUGGUUUUCCUGCUGUUGCUUGGGUUGGUAAAUCCAUCAUCCAUCCGUAUGGCUUGUGAAGCACUGACGUUUCUUAAAGAGUGCCUGCGUGAGACUCCACUCCACUGCUUCUCAUAGCAUCAAAUACAGUACAAGUACAUAGCGACCUCUUUAAAAAGUGUUCCAACUUUAUUUCGUAUUUGAUAUGAAUCCAAAUUCUUUGGAUUGUUCACAUUACUGAUGUUCAAAAUAAAACAUAAGCAUAAGUGAUUUCUUUGGCUACCAACAGUAUGUUUGCUAGGUAGGGACUCAAAUACAAAUGGGCUUCCUUUUAUUGUCUGUUAUUUGUAUGGUUUGUGUAUAUUUCUCUUAUAUUUGAUUAUGAAGUUGUACCUACAGACUGGCUUUUCCCCACACCGAAGGUCAUGGACAUUGUCCAUAUUGUUUGUAAUGAAAAGGGAGGAUAGAGGCAGGACUUUUGGCCACCUGAGGAAACACUGGUUUUGCUAGUCUGUCAAAGCUGUUGACCCCUUAGAAUCAUCACCACAUUUCACCAUACCUAACUCGUUACAACACAGAUUAAAAGUUAAAACACAUUUACUCUAUCAUGAGCAGUUUUAUCCUUUGUGUGUGUGUGAGUGAUAUUAGUUUCUGAUAGACUUAGCCAUCACAAGAAUCAGAUCACACACAGGAGAACAUUAUUGACACAGCUUGGAUUGCCUCCAACGUUGACAACUAAACAGACCUUCAUAAAUGCUCUGAUACCUUAAUCUUAAGUAAACUAUGGUUAUUAUCCACCACAAACUAUGUUUGGAGGAGCAUAUCGAUAUCUGAGAUCACACAUUUAGUUUGAACUUAUUUGGGAACAUAGUGUUCUCAUUUUUGACAUUUGAUUUGAGAGACCUCAAGAUAGUGGUCAGGGUAAGGCACGGAGUAUUCUUAUCUGUUGGCAUUUGCCACACUUUUCACUAACUUGUUCCUUACUUUCAUUUUGAGGGAGGAUGUACCUUAAUUUCUUACUGUUCUCUGUGAGAUACACAGGCUAUAUUUGUCUUGCUCAUGUCCUCAAGGGGUAUUGACCUUAGUGGCUAUAAGAAAUGCAAUAUAAUACAUAACAUAGUACAUAAUAAGACUUUUAAGAA